AUGCAUUUGCUGCUGGAUGCUGCUGUUGCUGCAGCAAGUGUCUCCUUUUUCCUUAAGGGACAAUAUCUUCGUGUUGCUGUUAAGGGACAUAAACCAUUAGUUGAAGGAACUCUUAAGGGUCGUGUGGAUGAAUCGGAGUGUUUAUGGUAUAUAGAGCCAUACAAUCCUCCUAAUCAGCAUCAUCAUCCUCUGCAGCAGCAGCAGCAGCAGCAGCAGCAGCAGGGGGAGGCAGCAGCAAAACAAUUAACAAUAAUACUCAAGAAACAUAAGGGGACAGGAGAACUUUCUUUUGCUGAGGGCAGCGGUGCUCAUUGGGGUGCUGUAUUCAAGGAGACAGAAGCAGCACAAUCUGCUGCUGCUGCUGCUGCUGCUGCUUAUAAACCUCUUACUACAGGAGGAGAGAAAAAAUACAAACCCUCAUCCCAUGCAAGAAACCCUGGAUCGAUCUUAGCGGAGUUGGCGAUUCCUCCCGUGUUAUUAGGGUGUCAUCCUUCUUCUCCUCCUCCUCAGCAGCAGCAGCAGCAGCAGGACCAGCAGCAGGAGCAGCAACAGCGGGAGGAGCAGCAGGAGAAGGAGAGGGACUUAAUGCGUAAGGGUUUAGGACUAUUAGAUGCAUGGGCGCAUGCACGUCUGCUGCCGGAGCAGCAGCAGCAGCAGCAGCAGCAACUGUCCCCUAACUUUGGUGUACCGGAGACAGUUUUGCUGCUGCACUCAGAGCCAUUACCUGAUGGUGUGCUGCUGCUCUUUAUGAGUCCUGCUGACCGCAGCAGCAGCAGCAACAGCAGCAGCAGCAGCAGCAGGUGGGAGCCGCAGCAGGAGCAGCCAUGGCCACAGAAUGAGGGCGUAGAGUUGCGUCUAGCAUUUAGCGAUGCCCGCCACCACACCCAGCAGCAGCAGCAGCAGCAGCAGCAAGGGCAGCAGCAGCAGCAGCAGCAGCAGCAGCUGAAUAUAGUAGCUAUACGCCGAUCUGUAGGUGCAGCAGAAUUACAUAAGUAUGGUGUUGAGGUGUAUAGGCACCUCCAAGACACAGAGGAAAGAAUAAUAAGGAAAUUAGAGCAAGAUCUUGCUGCUGCUGGUGCUGCUGCUGCUGCUGCUGUUGAUAGAGGUACAUUACCAGGACAUGGUAAUAAACAACUGCAGCAACUGCAGCAACAGCAGCAACCGCAGCAGCAAGAAAGGGCUGCCUACGAGCACCUUAAACAAAGAGAGCAGCAGCAAAUGAAUGCUCCCCUUCCGGGUCCCCCCCAACCUGUGGGGGGCCCCCAAGGGGGGGUACGGGGGCCCCCCAAGGAUAAAGUAAAGGUUGUUGGGUCUUAUCCUCCCAUUGAGCCAGAGGAAGAAGAAGGGGAAGAAGAAGACAUACAACUGCAGCAGCAGCAGCAGCAACAGCAGCAGCAGCAGCAACAACAGCAGCAGCAGCACGGGGGUUCUCAUUGCUGCGGGAAUGGACCGCAUAACCAUCACCACGGAGAUCAAAGCAGCAGCAGCACCAACAACAACGAAGACAGCAGCAGCAGCAACAGCAGCAGCAGCAGCAGCAGCAGCAGCACGAAAGACGAGAGAGCAGCACUAAGGGAGAAGUUAGGUAUUGAGUUAUUAGAUCUUAGCUCUAAGACAGCACCAAUACCUUCAUUCAUGAAUAAUUGGACACCAGAGCGUCGUCGUGCCUUCCAAGAAGAUACAGCAGACAGCGUAGCAAAACGGCUGCAUGCAGCCCUGUCUCCUCCGCCUCAGCUAACAUUUGCUGAUGUUGAGCUGCUGCUGCAGCAGCAGCUCAACUGUACAGCAGCAGAGUUCAAGGAAGUAUGGCAAGGAGGGUACGAGAAGUGCGAGCAGCAGCAGCAGCUGCUGCAGCAGCAGCUUAAGCAACCCCACCAUCAACACCAUCAACUGCAGCAGCAACUGCAGCAACAGCAGCAACUGCAGCAAGGAGAUGGGGCGAGCGCAGCAGCAGUAGGACAAAGACAGCAGCAAGUUGCUGUCUUAUAUGUACAGCAAUUAGAGGAGAAGAUAAAGGAAGCAGCAGGAGCAGCAACAACACACGAAGCAGCAGCAACAGCAGCAGCAGCAGCAGCAGCAGCAGCAGCAGGUAGUGAUGAAGUAGCAGAACUACAAGCAGCAGAAGGAGACGAUACAAGAGAAGAAGGAAUAAAAAGGAGACAAUUUAUUGUUGAUCCUUUUGCUCUACCUAAUGAUGAUGUGUCUCCUCCUAAUGAGAUCUAUAAUGUACCCAACCUAGAAGAGGUUCCCCUUCAUCGUCGUUAUUUAACAAUGAGUGACGAAGAAAAAGAAAAAAUAUGCAAAGAGAGACAGCAAGAAAUAGCUCGAUUUGAUUUAUUAAUAUCUGAAUUAGAGGCACAAAAAGAUCGCAAUGAAUGGCUACUUAUCUGCGAACAAUAUAAGGACUUGCUGCUAAGUGAGUGGUAUUUCUUACUCUUAACAAUCCGUCUCCUUCGUGUCCCUCCUAUCGCCACCACCCCCAGCAGCAGCAGCAGCAGCAGCAGCAGCAGCAGCAGCACCCCCAGCAGCACCACCCCCAGCAGCACCACCCCCAGCAGCAGCAGCACCACCCCCAGCAGCAGCAGCAGCAGCAGCAGCAGCAGGAACAGUACUACUACCUGGGCAAUAGAGGAGAGGGAGCGUUUAUUAUAUAUAAAUAGAUUUGUCCUUUCCCUUUAUGAGGAUUUAUCUGCUAUUAUGCAUGCAAACGGAGAAACACAACUAAAAAAAAUUCGUCUCCUUUGUCUUAAGGCUAUACACGAACCAGAUAAAUUAAAUGAAUAUGAUAUAAUAGAUAUAAGUUUUAUAUUAAUACAGCAACAAGGAGACGUACGUCGUCGUCUAUUAGAGUUAUGGAUAACACAUCUACCUAAAUGUGAUUGGAGACAAUUCAAGUUAUUAGGUCUAAGGGUAGCUAAGGCAUUCGAUGAUGGGCAAUACAGUCCUGCUGCAGUAUCUGCCUAUCCAUGGCUUCCUGCUGCAGCGCAGCAACUAAAGAAAGACUUGGAGACUUUGCUGCCUGAUUGGUUUAUUGAGGGAAUGCUCUCCGAUUAUGAUCGUCAUGUUAUGAAAACUCUACUCGCAAAAAGACCUUUCCUCUUUGGUAGUGUUGAUGCCCCUAAGACACCAGAGGAAGGAACACCUGAAUAUAUGAGUACUGAGGCUAGUAAACACAUGGUGCAGCAGAUCGAAGAAGCAGCGACCGCCUUUAAGGAAACACCAGUCGUACACGAGAGGACAGGAGAGGUACUCUCCUAA